UGACAUCCACAAGUUUUUCCUUCAGCUCUUUUCCAAAGGAGUAAAGCAAAAGCCAUCCCCACAUCCUGCCUGGGAGCAGGGAGGCAAAGAGUUAAGGAACAGUUAUCCCAGGUGGCUGAACACUUGAGUUGCAGGGAAAGGCUGGGAACAUUCAUUGAGCUCCUGCGCUGGCUUCUACCUGCCAGCAGCUCCUGAUGCACCCCUGCACAGGGAAUAAAGGCUGAGCCUGCUCAGAGCACAGGCAGCAGGCAUCCCUAGGAGCCCUCGGAUGCUGCAGUGAAACCACAGGCAAUGCUCUUUUCCUCAUUCUUUACAAGAGUCUUUUGAAAGAUCAGGGAUGUGCAUAUGGUCUUUGCUGCUUCCUCUGGUGUUUUUACUUGAAUCUCUCACUGGAAUAUGGAUGAUGCAAGCACAAUUAAAUGCCUCAGUCCAGAAAAAGUGGAAAGAUGUAUGAGCUCCAUGCAGGCGGGCACCCAGAUGAUCAAACUCCGAGGUGGCUCCAAGGGGCUGGUCCGCUUCUACUAUUUGGAUGACCACAGGUCCUGCAUUCGCUGGAGACCCUCUCGGAAGAAUGAGAAAGCCAAAAUUUCCAUCGACUCCAUCCAGGAGGUGUGUGAGGGGAAGCAGUCAGAGAUCUUCCAGCGCUAUGCCGACGGCAGCUUCGACCCCAACUGCUGCUUCAGCAUCUACUACGGGGACCACAUGGAAUCCCUGGACCUGGUGUCCUCCAGCGCCGAGGAGGCACGGACCUGGAUCACAGGGCUGAAGUACCUGAUGGCAGGCAUCAGUGACGAGGACAGCCUCUCCAAACGCCAAAGGACCAGAGACCAGUGGUUGAAGCAGACAUUUGAUGAGGCAGAUAAAAAUGGGGAUGGCAGUCUGAGUAUUAGUGAAGUGCUCCAGCUCAUGCACAAACUGAAUGUGAACCUACCCCGACAGAAAGUCAAACAAAUGUUUAAGGAGGCUGACACAGAUGACAACCAGGGCACGCUGGACUUUGAGGAGUUCUGUGCCUUCUACAAGAUGAUGUCAACACGGCGCGAUCUGUACCUGCUGAUGCUCACCUACAGCAACCACAAGGACUACCUGGACACAGAUGACCUGAAACGCUUCUUGGAGACUGAACAGAAGAUGACAAAUGUGACUAAAGAACAUUGCCUGGAAAUCAUCAGCAAGUUUGAGCCAUGCCCGGAGAACAAGAAGGAGGGAGCCCUGGGAAUUGAUGGUUUCACCAAUUACAUGCGGAGCCCAUCGGGGGACAUAUUUAACCCAGAACAUUACCAAGUGAACCAGGACAUGAGCUACCCUCUGAGUCACUAUUUCAUUACCUCUUCACACAACACCUACCUCAUGGGAGAUCAGCUGAUGUCCCAGUCCAGGGUGGACAUGUAUGCAUGGGUGCUACAGUCUGGCUGUCGCUGCGUGGAAGUUGACUGCUGGGACGGGCCGGACGGGGAACCAAUUGUCCACCAUGGAUACACCUUGACUUCCAAAAUCCUCUUCAAAGAUGUGAUUGAAACUAUCAACAAAUAUGCCUUUAUCAAGAAUGAGUACCCUGUGAUCCUGUCAAUUGAGAACCACUGCAGCAUUGUGCAGCAGAAGAAGAUGGCUCAGUAUCUUACAGAAAUUCUGGGAGACAAACUGGAUCUGUCUUCUGUGCACAACGAUGACUCCACAAAGCUCCCUUCACCAGCAAGUCUUAAAGGGAAGAUCCUGGUUAAGGGCAAGAAACUUCCAGCCAACAUCAGUGAUGAUGCAGAGGAAGGAGAAGUUUCUGAUGAGGACAGUGCUGAUGAGAUUGAUGAUGACUGUAAACUAAUGAAUGGAGAUGCAUCUGCUAACAGGAAAAGAGUGGAGAAUAUAGCAAAGAAAAAACUUGACUCACUGAUAAAAGAAUCCAAAAUCCGUGACUGUGAAGAUCCAAACAAUUUUACAGUUUCCACUCUACCAUCCUCAGGAAAGGCUGGGCUGAAGUCUGAUAGUAAGAAGAGUAAACUUGAGGAUGAUGCAGAAUCUGGGGAAGAUUUCAGUGCCAGCAAAAGGCAGAGCAGGUCACUCAUGGGCAGCUUCUCCAAACGCAAGAAAAAAGGAAGCAAAUUGAAAAAGGCAUCAAGUCUGGAAGAGGGUGAAGACGAUUGGGAUUCUCAAGGGAAUUUAGCCCGGAGCUCUGUACAUUACAGCAGGGUAAGCCGACAGAAGAAGACAAUGAAGCUGUCCAGGGCCCUGUCUGACCUGGUGAAAUACACAAAGUCAGUUGGCAUCCAUGAUGUUGAAGCUGAAAUCUCUUCCAGCUGGCAGGUUUCAUCUUUCAGUGAAACCAAAGCCCACCAGAUCCUACAGCAGAAGCCAGCCCAGUACCUACGUUUCAACCAGCACCAACUGUCCCGCAUCUACCCCUCCUCCUACAGAGUGGACUCCAGCAACUACAACCCCCAGCCCUUCUGGAAUGCUGGCUGCCAACUUGUUGCACUAAACUACCAGUCAGAGGGGAGAAUGCUGCAACUGAACCGGGCCAAAUUCAGUGCCAAUGGGAACUGUGGCUAUGUCCUCAAACCCAACUGCAUGUGUCAAGGUGUCUUUAACCCAAAUUCUGAAGACCCACUGCCUGGUCAAUUGAAGAAACAGCUGGUUCUAAGAAUUAUCAGUGGUCAACAACUCCCCAAACCACGUGAUUCCAUGCUGGGAGACAGAGGAGAGAUCAUAGAUCCAUUUGUUGAAGUAGAAGUUAUAGGCUUACCUGUUGAUUGCUUCAAAGAACAAACCAGAGUAGUUGAUGAUAAUGGUUUUAACCCCAUGUGGGAGGAGACCCUGGUGUUCACAGUGCACAUGCCAGAGAUCGCCCUGAUCCGGUUCCUGGUGUGGGACCACGACCCCAUCGGGAGGGAUUUCAUCGGGCAGAGGACAAUUGCCUUCAGCAGCAUGAUGCCAGGUUACAGACACGUGUACCUGGAAGGCAUAGAAGAGGCUUCCAUCUUCGUGCAUGUGGCUAUAAAUGACAUCUGUGGUAAGGCCAAACAAGCUCUAGGUCUAAAAGGGCUGUUUCUCAGAAAUCCAAAGCAGGCCUCUCUGGACAGUCAUGCUGCUGGGCAGCUCCAUCGCAAACAUUCCUUUAGCAGCCACAUCCUGAGACGGACGGCCAGUGCACCCACCAAGAGCCAGAAGAAGAACAAGAAGGGCUUUCCUGAAAUUGCUUUUGACACAAAGGACAGCAGCUCUGCAGGGGCUGGAGAAGGGCGGGAAGUGGAAGCUGCCUCCCAGCCUCGCUUUGUGCAAGAGCCAGAAAGUGCUUCCCCCUCCCCAGCUCCCCGGGACGGUGCCGCUGGGGAGGCACCUGGCAAGGGCUUGAAAGACAUCUGCCACUUCUCAAUGCAGAGGUCAGUCACUUCUUUAUGCAGCCUAGAAACGAUCACAGAAGAGCCUGUCCUUGCCAGUGAGACCCAUCACUGCAGCCUUCUCUUCCCCCUGCCCAUUAGCCCUUACAGUGAUUCUGAGGAAGGAUCUGGGUCUGACCAUUCCACCGAAGCUCCAUCAGAGGGAAGCAACACACCCAACCAGCCUCAAGAGCCCCUACCCUCCAGAGAACAAGGAGUAGUAAAUCUGGCUGCAGAAGACCAAGGGCAGGACAUCCAAAGAGCAGCUGACACAAGUUUAGUAGCCACAGAGGAUGAGAGGACAAGCAUGGCAGAAGGAAAUGGCUGGACACAGUGCAGUGAGGCUGAAGAUCAGGGUGGAUCAGCAGCACAUCCCCAAAAAGCCAGGCUGGUAGAGGCAGCAGAUCAUGGUGCUGGCCAACCUGUAGGAAACGACGAGAAGCAAAGCAAUCAACCAGGUCAGGUAUUAUCAGACAUGAAAAGCACCUCUGAAUCCAAAGGACAGAACCUGGGUGCAGCAGCUGUUCCACCCCAACACAGCAGUGUCAUUAACAGCCCAGUUAAUGAAUCUGAUUCUCCCCAGAAAUCCCGGGCUGCACAAGCUCUCCCUGUCUCUGUUUCUCACACGAGCUCUUACACCUUGGCAAGAAGGGCAAAGAGUGAAGGACUGAAGAUGUCAGACUCCUCAGCCUUAAUAAAAAUUCCGAGCAGCCAGUCUCCAGCGGCUGAGGUGUACUUUGAUGCCACUGUCAAUGACCGGAUCUGGAGCAAGCUGGACUGCAGCAGCCACCGUGACAGCAUGUCCUCCUCGUCCAGCAUGUCCUCCAACGACACCGUCAUCGACCUCUCCCUCCCCAGCCUGGCUCGCAAAAGCCUCCCGGACCUGGGCAUCCGCCAGGACAGCCUGGAGCCCCUGGCCAUCAGGAAGGGCAUGCGCCCACGCUCCGCCACCGCCUGCAGCACCGAGAUGCCAAUGGUCAGCAAGAGCAAGUCCAACCCCAACCUGAGGUCUGGCCAGCUGCCGGCUGAUGAGCUGUGCCCCCGGCCCCUGGCCAGGAGCCCUCAGGACGCCUUCUCAUCCAUUCCUAGAAGGCACACCUGGAGCAGGCUCUACAUGGAGAGUCUCAGGCAGUCCUCUCACAAAUCCAAAGCGCAUGACACGGUUGGGAAUAACCAGACAAAGUCCAAAAGCCUCGGGGACCUUACCUCUGACGACAUCGUGUGCACUUUUGAGAGCAAAUACCGCAGCAUCAGCAGGAGCUUCGUCACCCGCUCCAUGCGGGAGCAGCGCCGCUCCUCGGGCCUGCGGCCCUCGGCCAAAUCCCGGGACGAACUGACUGAGCAGCUGAAGAAGCUGACAGCCUUCCAGCAGGAAAACGAUAUCACCUCCCCCAUCAGCCUGGAGCCCAGCGAGUCGGAGGAGGAGGGCGAGAGCGUGGGGCUGCUGCGCCGCUCGUCGUCGCGCAGCCAGAGCCGCGUGCGCUACAUCGCCAACAGAGCGCGGCAGGCCCAGGAGAGGCAGCGCCUGCAGGGCCGGGCACAGCUCGGGGGCAGCCCCAUCGAGGAGAGGGGCAACCCCGAGGGCGCCUGCAGCGUGGGCAGGCCUGGCUGCACCGACCCCGCUGCCCACGCCGCCCUGCCCUCCUCGCCCAAAGCGCAGCCCGACUGCGCGGCCGACACCGAGGUGUUCUUCAUGCUCAAACUGUGACCCUGGCACUGCUGGGCACUGCUUGCACUCCUGUCACAGCAAAACACAGCGACCUGAGAGGCCCAGAACAUCCUGCCACGGCUUGGUGCUUCCUGGCCUUCCCUUGAGCCCAGGGUGCUCGAUAGCACGACUCCAAAGGAAUAGAUGAGGAUUCAUUUUUAAUUGUGCUCUGCUCAGCCUCCGAUUUGGCCUCCUUUGUGUGUGACCACUUCUUGCGUUUGUGGUUUGCUCUUGGUCUUUACUAAUUUCAAUAAUUCUUCUGACAACAGUAACCUUGAUGUUUAAUAGCUAAAUGUGAUGCUAAUGACAGCUAAGGUGAAUUUUGCUUUUACAAAUCAUGGAUCCAUGUAAGGAGGCUGGACUUAAAAUCACAUUUUAUUUUCUGGAAGAGUUUGAGGCCUCUGAGGGUGUGAAUUAAUAACGUAGUAGAUACAGUCCAUCUUUCAUUGUGGACCUGUUUAUUUCAGUGAAAAUCCAUAUUUUCUCUUUGAAGAAGAGCUCUCUUGUUCCAAAGCAAUGCUUUUAUAAACCCAGCCUGUUUAUAUAUCUAUAUAUAUAUAAAUAUCUAUAUAUAUACACCUGUGUGUAUGCAAAGAUAUGUCUGCACAUGUAUGUACACCUGCACACCCUGAACCUGAACUGUGACUGCUCCUUGUCUCAAGACAUUGUCUGAGGAAUUGAGACAGGAGAGAGAAGGGAAUGCCUAAAAAUAGACAGGAAAUAUCUUCUGACUUCAGAAAUGGCUACGAAGCAUGUUAGUCUUUUCUUGAAACAGCACUGUCCCUUCUUAUGGUAUUUUAACAAUGCUGCUGUACAUAGCACUUUUUGGAUGAAUUUUACUAUUUCUGUAUUGCACUGCCAUGCAAAAUUUUCAAUGAUAUGUUAAAAAAAAGAGAGAUAUUUAAUUUUUUUAGAUGGACAUAUUUAGAAUUAAAUAACAACCUAAACAGAGUAAUAAUUUUUCCUCCCCCCCCCCUUUUUUUUACUUUUUAUUUUUAGGGAUGUUAUCAUGUGUGUCCCCCCCCCCCAGUCCCCAAUUAUGAUGUCAUUUAUUAUAGAUGUACAUUUUAUCAGUGAUGGAGAAGGAUGUUUACUGAGAUGCAUUUUAAAGAGAAACAGAGAUUUAAUUUUAUUUCAGGCUGCAUAGAGUCCCUAUUAUUGAGAGGAUAUUUUGCCUUUGUAAUGAUUCUUUUGUGUAUAUUGCAAAAUUUAAGAAUUUGUUUGUAAAACCACCUUACACUACUAAAAUAAACAUAUUUAACCUUC